UCGCCAAAAGUUGAGCUCAUUGAGUUUUUCCGCCCUUACAAAAACGAAGUCAAUCUUUAUGUCACCAACAUAUCAAGGCGGCUUGAGAAAGAAAUGGUGCAAGUGAGGUUUAAUUUAAAGAUGAUCUUUAGUCCUAUUUAGGUUACAUUUGAUUGCUAUUUAUAGCUGAAUUUGUUUACAGGUGAAACUGUUAGAGAUAUUCUCCCAGUUCGGCUUGAUCUACGAAGUACAAGUGAUGGACUCAUCAGAUAACUCAGAAGGUAUUUUACUGAGACAGUUCAUUCCUCCGAUCUAUAACACGAACUGAGAGUUUUGUUAAACUUUGCCUUUAUCAAUUUUCAAUACUUCAAUGUUUAUAAGAAAUCCUAAUCAUUCUAGCUUCAGAGGAGAUCAAUUCAAACUGUGCUUCUUCAUAUGCAUUUGUCAAGUUUUAUUCCGCAAGGGAAGCAAGAAGGGCAAAGGAAAGCACACAUGGAAAGUGGAUUCUAGGAGGACAGUUUUUGAAGGUAAAAAGAUUAUUCAUGUGUUUAUGAUAACUGUUUGGUAGUGAUUUCUGCGGCAUAUCGUUAGAGUACAAGUAGUUGAUAAGUGUCGGACAUAACCUGAGAGGUUCGUGCAGGUGCUAGUAUAAAUUUGAUGUUGUCUUUGCUUCAAAUGUAUAAAAGGCCCAAUAUAUACAAGACUAAAUAUUAUUACUAUGAUUAUUGUCAACACAUGAUUAUUACUUUAGUGUGCAUUAUGAAUCAAAAACAAUCCCAAUUAUGAUCAUGAUACUAAUGCUAAUACUGGAAUGAUAAUAAUAAUAAUUAUGAUUGUUCCUACUUUAUUAUUAUUAUUAUUAUCAUUAUCAUUAUUAUUAUUAUUAUUAUUAUUAUUAUUAUUAUGCAUUUCUAAAUUCACAUAUGUGGGACCCACAGGUUCAAUUUGCACAGCGCAGAAAGUUCACAGAAGUUGUUCAACAGCCAUUGUACAUGGCAAAGUGUACUGUGCUAGCUAACUAUUAUUUAGGAUUCAAUGGCUGGUCAACUCGAAUCAUGCAGGUAAAGAUCUUUUGCAUCCCCACAAUCUAAACUAAUCAUUACAACUAGACAGUUGGCUGUAUUUUUUUUCGCUAUUUAGGUGAGUUUUUUAAACUUUGUUCUUAAUAACUAAGAGCUUUCAACUGGUUUGCAUCAGUCCUGCAACAAACAUUUAGCUUAAGGACAGUAUUGCAUGCACUGAGUCAGAAAUCCCUCUCUCUCAGUGGAGUCUAUUGCAUAAGAGAAAAGUGAUCAGUGCCACAUAGGAUUUAUGAGAGCACACAAGGGUAUAAUAGUAUUUUUCCUUUCAUUGCUAAUUAAAAUUGAUUUUUCAGGAAGUAGAAAUAACCAAAAUAUCUCACUUGAACUGAGUUUUGGCAAAAAUAAGUGAGGAAAAUAACAUGAAUUCGUUUGAGGGAGGGUCAUGCUUUGAAAAGCUUGUCGGUAAAACCCUCACCCUCCCAAGAAUUCUCCCCUCCAACCCUUGAAUAAUCAAGGUGAUAAACCUAUCUGGGAGAAAGAAACUGUUCACACUACAAGCCAGGUAAUCUGGCAAACACUGGGGGGUUUGUUAGAAAUGAUACAUCAAUUGUAAGUGCAAGAAUCUACAAAGAGAGCACAUCUUGAAGAGGAAAAUAAAGCGAGCAUUGACAAACCUUGCCGGAGAGCUAGUUGUUCCAUAUCCCUGUGCUACAAAUCCUGCUUUGUCACAAACAAGUGCUGAACAGAUGUUCUGUUCUUUUAGUUGGAUAGACUUGAGAAUAGGUCAGAAACAGAAGAUAGCCAGGAAAAAAAGAAUGCUGUUUAUAGAUGUGUAGUAAGGCUGGAGAUAAAAGAUUGUGAAUUCUUCUGUGAAGGCACUGGAUAUGGUGGAGAUAAAAACAUACUGGAACAAGGUUAGAAUUGAAGGGCUUAAUAGAAGAUAGCUAAGUGAAACUGGUCAAAUGAAUAAAGGUGGCGAGUUUCUAAAGAAACUGUGGUGUUGCAUUGGUGGAAGAGUAUAACAGGGUAAUCAUAGUGUUAUCAACUGAGUUGAAAACAUAAAUUGGCCUCUGUAAAGAGUUUAAAGGCUUAUGUUUCGAGCAUUAGCCCUUUGUCAGAGCAUCUGACAGAGGGCUAUUACUUGUAACUUGGUCAUUUAGUGAGCCAUUUUUCACUUUAUGGUACUCUAAAUUCAAAAUUUUGUUUGAAUUGAAAUCUUUUCCCCUCUAUUUGAACCCAGAGAUACAAUAAAUAUCUUACUAAUCUUGUUUCCUUUUCUCCAUGCUGUAAGUUUAUGGAACCUUGUUUUCUUUCUUGUAUUUGAGAGUCCUGGCCUGUUCAUUCAUGUUGUGUUCUUGGGAAAAUUUACACUUUUCUCUCAUAGAGCCUCUCUAUACCCAGGAGUCUAUAACAUGGUUACAGAUGAAUGUCAGGGAAGCCUGAAAUGCUUGCGGAGAACCUUGUGAUGUACUGGCAUCAUAUUCAGGCGAUGGGGAGGGGGUGGGGAGGAAUAGUAACACUCCUAGUUGCUUCACUGCUUAGGAAACAGGGAUAAACUACUGCUAAGUGAGCAACGUGGCUCAAGGAGGAUUACGUAUGAAAGUAAUAUUUUCAAAUUUAAACUUUGGCUCACAUGAAAAAAAGCUACAAGAAUGUCAGAAAAAUCAGCUCUGCAAUUUGACAAUAUUAUCUCCUUAUUUGCAGAAAGAGACCCCACUAAAAAGAUGGAAUUGCUAGGAUAUGCAAAGAAACUUGCUUACAGACAUGCUUAUGAAAAUGCAUUCAAAAGAGUUAUUAUUAUAAGUUUGGACAAUGGUAAAGUAGGAGUCGAGAUAAAUAUGCAAGAUAUCCCAGAGUGCAGUCUUGAUGAAUCAGGAGAGGAGGGAAUAGUUCAAAUAAAUUAUUUGGAAGAAAUGCUGUUCAGUGAUUCAGAGGAAGAGGAAAACUCAGAGGUUGAAUUUCAGGACACAAGUAACGCUCUACUUGAUACUCAUGUUAUUGACGUUUCCAGCUGA